GGGACGAUUAAUGACGAUUCUUGUUCCCCCGUUCUCGUUUGGUCUGACUGGGUGAUAAAUGACACAAAUCGCUACAUCUCUGGCUGGGUUAAGUCGGAGGCAGCGGAUUGGCCCCUAGCUGGGGUAGAACUAGCUCCUGAUAAAUCGUCUGCUGCUUUUGGAUAAAUUUACAGUACGGAAUUGGCACAACUGCGAUAUGUUUAUUGCGUGAAACGGCGAUGCCACAUCCUGGGAGUACCAGCUAAUACAUAGAGAGUGUCCCACACCGGUGCCCGAUCUCCCUCCUUGUUUGAGGUACGUUUGCACUGAAGAUGCUGUAAGUUUGCUUACUCUGUCAGCUAGUCUGUGUGUGCGCGCGCUCGUUGGGUCAGUUCAGGGUCGAUCAGAUAAGGCGAGUAACUUUCCCGCUCAAGGUUGGAGGCGCCAUGGCCACCCUAGACUUCUCGGAUGUGGAAGCUUUCCUGGACCGCCACCCCGAGCUCUUCGAGGAUUACCUCCUGAGAAAGGGCAAACGCGAGUCGGUGAGCAAGUGGUUGAAGGAGCACAAAGUUCGCUGCUCGGCGGGAGACGAGCAGCAGGGCCUGGCCAGGGAGACGGGCUGCAGCCCCCGAGCCGAGGGCGUGCUCCGGCGCUCGACCCAGAAGGAGCUGAGGAGGAGUUUCGCCAGGUCUAGAGCCAUGACAUCCCACCGAACCUGCGAUGAACAUGUGUUUCUGCGAGGCCCGGACUCUCCCUCCAGCAGCAGCGGCAGGAGGGCCCUCCUAAGAAAAGCCAGCUCCCUGCCCCCGACCACUGCCCACAUUUUGAGUGCCCUCCUGGAAUCCAGGGUGAACAUCCCACAAUACGCCUCCGCCGCCAUCGACUACAAAUACAAACUCAAGGACUCCAACGAGCGCGAGUUCUUCCUAGAGCUUGUCAAGGACAUCUCGAACGACUUAGAUCUCACCAGCCUGAGCUACAAGAUCCUCAUCAAUGUGUGCAUCAUGGUGGGUGCGGACCGAUGCUCACUUUUUCUGGUGGAGGGGCCGCCCCACAAAAAAAAAUUGGUCUCAAAGUUCUUCGAUGUUCAUGCGGGGACCACAGUGGUGCCUUCGUCCAGCAUGGAGAACUCCAACGAGGUGCAAGUACCCUGGGGGAAAGGAAUCAUUGGGUACGUGGCUGAACAUGGAGAGACGGUCAACAUGCCUGACGCCUAUGAGGAUCAUCGAUUUAGUGAUGAAAUUGACAAGCUGGCGGGUUAUAAGACCAAGUCCAUCUUGUGCAUGCCGAUCCAGAACUGUGAUGGCGAGAUUAUUGGGGUGGCACAAGCCAUCAACAAAAACCCUGCAGGAGUCCCUUUCACUGAUGAUGAUGAAAAAGUGCUGCAGAUGUACCUGCCAUUCUGUGGAAUAUCCAUUUCUAAUGCAAAACUCUUUGCAGCAUCACGCAAGGAAUAUGAUAGAAGCAGGGCUUUGUUGGAGGUUGUCAAUGACUUGUUUGAAGAGCAAACAGAGCUGGAGAAGGUUGUUAGGAAGAUCAUGCAGAGAGCUCUGACCCUCUUGCAAUGCGAACGAUGUUCUGUCCUCCUGCUGGAAGAUAUUGAAUCCCCUGUGGUUAAGUUUUCAAAGACCUUCGAACUGAUGUCCCCACUGUGUUGCGUAGACAGUGAAACCAGCAUGGAGAAAUUAUCCUGCUCUGAUUGGUUGAUAAACAACAGCAUUGCAGAGCUUGUAGCAUCGACAGGCCUGCCAGUGAAUAUCAGUGAUGCUUAUCAGGAUCCUCGUUUCGAUACAGAGGCAGACCAGAUGUCUGGUUUUCACAUUCGCUCAGUGUUGUGUGUUCCCAUCUGGAACAGUAAUCAUCAGAUCAUUGGUGUUGCGCAAAUUCUUAACAGAUUGGAUAGAAAAACAUUUGAUGAUGCCGAUCAAAGGCUGUUUGAGGCCUUUGUCAUUUUCUGUGGUCUUGGCAUCAACAAUACAAUAAUGUACAACCAAGUGAAGAAAUCCUGGGCAAAACAGUCGGUGGCUCUUGAUCUGCUGUCAUACCAUGCAACAUGCUCAAAAGUAGAGGUCGAUCGACUGAAGGCUGCAAAACUUCCUGCGGUGAGUGAGCUGGGAAUUGAUAGUUUUCACUUCAGUGAUUUUUCUCUUGAUAAUGAUGGAAUGAUCACAGCAUCAUUAAGGAUGUUCUUGGAACUAGGGAUGGUGCAGAAAUUCAAAGUAGAUUAUGAGGUCCUGUGUCGCUGGCUGCUAACUGUGAGAAAAAAUUACCGUGCAGUUCCAUACCAUAAUUGGCGUCAUGCAUUUAAUGUCGCUCAAUGCAUGUUUGUGAUGAUUACGACUGCUAGUUUUCGGGAAAUUCUAUCUGAUAUCGAAAUCCUUGCUUUGAUGGUGGGUUGUCUAUGUCACGACCUUGAUCAUCGAGGAACAAACAAUGCUUUCCAGGAAAAGAGCGGAUCAGCUUUAGCACAGUUGUAUGGGACGUCAGCUACUCUGGAGCACCAUCAUUUCAACCAUGCUGUAAUGAUACUGCAGAGUGAGGGACACAACAUUUUUGCCAACCUUUCAUCCAAAGACUACAGUGAUUUGAUGCAGCUGCUAAAACAAGCUAUCCUAUCCACUGACCUCAUGCUUUAUUUUGAGCAGCGCGCAAAGUUCUUUGAGUAUGUAAUGUCUGGGGAACAUAACUGGUGUCUUGAGAAGCACAGAGAAAUGUUGAGAUCUAUGCUGAUGACAGCGUGUGAUUUAGGCGCAGUUACAAAACCUUGGCAUAUCUCACGGCAGGUGGCUGAAUUGGUAACCAGUGAAUUCUUUGAACAAGGGGACAGAGAGAGGGUUGAACUGAAGCUAACACCAGCUGCUAUCUUUGACCGAAAUAGGAAGGAUGAGUUGCCGGGGCUACAACUGGAAUGGAUUGAUGGGAUCUGCAAGCCAUUGUUUGAGGCAUUGGCUAAACUGAAUGGAAGGGUUCAACCCUUGGUGAAUGGAAUCAAUGCAAACAGGGCUAAGUGGGAGGAGCUUUACACAAUGUACCGUCAGUCUCAUGGUGCUGCAGAUGUUGCUAAUUGCACACUGAAGAUUGAAGCGAUCAACUAGUGUAAUUCAGAUCUUAACAUGUUCCUGGCCUGACCUUACACUACAUUAGAUGGCUUGGUCGUUUGGCAGAUGGAAUGUUAAUGACAAUGAUGAAAACACUGAGAGUCAUCAAUAUUACUUUGGUCACAGAAUGAAGCUUCGGUGUCAUUACCAUAAGUCCCAUCUGCACAGACACUGAAAAAAAGGUGUAAAAUCGUUUUGCCCUCUGUUUGGAUCUUGAUGAUUGAAUGGAAAUCAGCACUGCAACUAUUCAAAACAAAAAUUCACAAACACCAGAUAUGGACCAUUUCACAUGUAUCCCGUCAUGCAGUGCUGUGUUUGAUACCUAAGAGCAUCCAGUAAUUACAGCAUUGAUUAAAAUCAUCAUCUGCCAUCUGCCGUGGCAACAUUCUUUCGGUACCUUGAAAAAACUUAUUGCCUAGACAGCUUUAUUAAAGUGAAUUCUAGUUAAAUCUGUUGGCAGCAGGGUACACUGUCAGACUGACAAUAGCUUACAAAUAUUCAAGGCAAGGUGCUAACCCAACAGGAAACUGCUGUCAAAACUGUGCAUUGUGGGAUAAAUCCGAGGGGUUCCAUAUGAAAUAUCACCCUUGAGACACUUCUGAAUAUUAACUGAAGCAUCAAUUUUCAUCAGUUUUCUCAGUCUUUGAUCAUGUGUAUAAAUUAAUAGAGUAGACGUUUAAUGGGAUAGUUCAAACUGCAUGCAUAAACUUACUUUUCAGGGGAAUUUGAUGCUUAUCACUAUUAGCUACUGCCUGUGCUAGGGGCUCAUUGUCAAGUUGUCGCAUGAUCCCCAAUCAGUCCAUUCAUUCCCCAUUGUUAAGGCAGUGCUUUGUACAUCAUCAAAAGCUAUUUUUUAAGCUUGCUUGUGGUAACUGUGGAUGUCUGACCACAAAAUUGAUUAUUUUAAUAAAAGUAGAAUGAAAAGCUAUCAGUCGGUGAGGCAUAAUUGGCAUAAUUUAAAGAUCAAUCGAUGUUCCAAGGCAACAGUAUCUGAUAUUUUUAAAACAAAGCAACUUCUGCUCCUGAAUUUAUCAGUGAGUGAAGACAGCGCUGUGUUUGGAAGUGAGCUAUUGAGGACCGGAGGAGUUAAUGUGACCUAAACUGGGCCGACAUUGGUCGCACACCAACUGACUUCAGUUUGUGUGGCCUAGAGAAGGGAAGGAAGAACAGCAAGUGAUCUUGCCUAUAAUCACUUCAAUUCAUUCAGGUUUCCAUGACAAUUUAUUUUCAUGUGAUUGCUACUGCAAAGCAGGAUAUGAACCUGAGGUGUAUACAGUAUGAAACUCACUUCUUUAUUACAGUGAGUAGGUUGCUUCUACUUGCAUUUUAAGAUUGUAUUAUCAGUGAAAUAAUGGAAAUGUGCACAGAAAGAUGCCUCAGCAUGAAUCCGUAAUACCUGGGAGAAUAUCAAACUGAAGGAAGCAAACAUAUAAUUGUCAGUGCUUUGUUCUCGGUGAGACACACAAAUCUAUGAAGUGUAUUUUAUCUUUGAAAACUUUAUUCCUUUCAGUAAAAUUGUGCACACAUUCAAUAGAGCACUUAUAAAAUUGAUCUGAUUUUUGAUCUUUUACUGAAGCUGUAAUCCUCCUCAGCUGUGUUCAAAAGAAAGAGCAACACUCACUUGGAUUCCACUGUUUUAUCCCAAGUCUAAACCUACUACAGAACCAGCUUGACAUUUUGUCCAGGGGGCAAGUAAUUGCUUGUGAGGAGAAGAACAGGAGUGAGGAGGGGAGGUAAUGAUACUGGUGACUGCUUUAAGGGUUGGGUUGUGACCUUUGUGGCAAUCGGGAGGAUAUUGGACACAUUGGCAGAGAAAGGGAUAUUGAGGGGGUUGGAUAUUGGGGUGGGGUGGGAUAGUGCAUUCAUUACAUUUAAUAUUUGUGAGUCCUCAAUGGCUGCCUUCACCUACACAACAAGAGUGAUUGGAACACAAAAUUAAUUGAAUUGUUAUUAAGUGCCAUGUGCAUGCUAAGACACUAUAUCAAUGCGGUAUCAUCAUCCUGCACAAAAACGUACAAGGCAGCUCCCUCUAAUUUGUAGAUUUAAUAGUUGGAACCUUCUUAGACAAGCACAGUGAAUACCAGUUUUAUCUACAUAGUUCAGAAUUUUGUAAGCAGCUCUUCUUGAUGGGUUAUGUGUUGAUAGGAUUAAGUUUUCAAUAUAUCUGUGAAUCAUAAAUAAUAGUCAAUUGGUCAUAAAUUCACAACAAAAGCCUCAAAGAAUGAUGCUUAGAAAUACUGAAAUAAUAAUGUUUGCCGAUGUUAUAGCUUUCGUAUUUAAGCUUGAGAAAAAACAGUUCACAGUCAAAUUCACAGAUGUUGCUGCAAGAGAAUUAAAUGAUACACGAGCUCAUUGACAAUAUUACAUAGCACUGAAAGCCAAAAGCAGCUUUCAAAUCCUAUAAAUGAUACAUUAUUGGUAGUGAUUAAAACAGAAGAAAAUAUCAGAGGAUUCAAGAUGUAAAAUAAAAGGAAAAGCCUUUUUAAAAAUAGCGCUCAAGCUUUUUUUUGUGGCAUUUUUGAGGUGCAGUAUGAGUUCCAUGGGAAAAAGGCUGAUUAACCAGAUCAAAGGUGGUACAUGUAAACCACCAGUGAGAUGCAUAGUGUGACCAGUCAGCUUCAAAGUCAACAGACAUCACUUUUGGUUAACAAGAUAGCCACAGCCAACUUUAGAUUUGUUAUGUCAAAUAAACCAGUGUAAUUACUGUAAAUCCUAGAAUAAAUAUUCUAAAGUACUGUGCGAACAAAUGCCACACCUGCUAUGAUUGAUAUAAUUGACCACUGAAGUGCAUUGGGGAAAGCAUGCAAUCACUAUUAUGCACAUCAUUGUGGAACCCAGCUGUUAACUGGAAGAAGAGAAGAGCUGUAACAGAAAAGCAUUACUGUGUAAUAAACUGUUGGAAGGGCUGCUUUUAAGAGCAUAAGUGAAAGUCUGGAAGUCUGUGAUGAAUGAAUAUUGACAGUUUUGAAACCAUUUAUUUCAAAGAAGUCAAUUUGAGACAGUAAAAUGUUUUCUUAUCCCAUUUUAUCUGAGUAAAGAAUGUUUAUAGUUUUAGGUUGUUAUGUAUCAUUGUGCAUUUCUUAGACCUUUUAAAAAUCUUGACUGGACACUUUAUACUCUUUGCAGUUGCACAAUAAUUUAAAAUAUCGCCUGCAUUGUAUUAACUCUGCAGUGAGAAAUUGGCCGCAGCUAUGUUUUAGAAUAUGUUUAUGCAGACAUUUUUAAUUUGAACAAAACAGUCAUAACUACUGUUUCUUUUUAUGUAACUAUUGAAUUAACACUUAAUGAGACAAUGAUUAAUUUAUAGCAUCUCACAUAUGGCUUUUGCUUCACAGGACAGUUGUUCCCUCUUCAUGUAUAUUUACAUUUACCGAAUUCCUGAGUAUUCUAGUGUUCAGAAACUUAGCAUCACAACAUGAUGUGUUUUAUUCUUAAUUGUGUACACCCAAGUAUCAUGAAAUCAGAAUACAAUUUCAGGUCAAAAAUGGUAUAGAAAUGAAGGCCUAUCUCAUUUUAGUGGAUGCCAUUUGAAUUAUUCACAGAUCAGAGUGAAAAUCUUGUAUCUUGCAAGUGGAUAAUAAAUGCCAACUGAAUGAACCAACUCAGCUAUGGGUCUGACAACGUCGUGGUCUUACAGUUAAAGGCUUGUGUUCCAGUGCAGCUCUUACUGUCCAGCUACAACACAAGCGUCCACUUCAGACAUGAACAAUUGCCCAGGCAUAUCCUAUCCACAAAAGAUAGGACAAAUCUAAUCCAGGCAAUUGCCAUCCAAUCAGACAAUGAUUGUCAGUAAAGUGAUAGAAAGGAAAAGACAAUGGAUAUCAGAGAAAUUCUUUUCACUGGCUAGAAUCAUACCUUACAUGAAGGAAGAUGGUUCUGGAAACCCAUCCCAUUUCCAGGGACACCAUUCAAGAGUUCCUCAGAGUAGUGUCCUCUGCCCAACCAUCGUUAUCACCCUCAGCCUUGACCAUCCUUGCAUCGAGGUCAAAAGAGGAGAUGCACCCUGAUAAUUGCACAAUGCUUUGUUCUAUUUGGAACUCAUCAAAUAA